AUGAAGUCCACCUUCGUCUCGGUUGCCACCGCCGCGACACUCGCCACUGGCGCGCAAGCUCGUCUCUUCACCGUCUACAACCAAUGUCCAUUCACCAUCUGGCCGGCAUGGUUCGCGCCACCCGAGCUCAACGCUGCCACGCCUACGAUCGCCUCUGGCUGGGAACAGGCUGCAUACCAAACUGUCUCGUUCGGUGUUCCUGACAACUGGGUCUCCGGUCGUAUCUGGGGUCGCCGCAACUGCGACUUCAGCAGCAACCCCGGACCGAACUCCUGCCUUGACGGUGGUUGCAACGGCGGUCUCGUUUGCGACAUUAACAAUGGCGGAACGGGUGUUCCUCCUGCCUCGCUCGCCGAGUUCACUCUCUCAACUACAACCGCCGCACCCGACAACUACGACGUCUCCCUUGUUGACGGCUACAACCUGCCCAUUCGCAUUGACAACACGUACGGCUGCCCCGUCGGCUCGUGCCCGGUUGACCUCGGCCCCGACUGCCCUGCCGCACUCCAGGGCCCAUACGACAGCUCGGGUUUCCCCGUCGGCUGCAAGUCGGCCUGCGAUGCCCUUGGCGGAACGAACAACUGCUGCUCUGGCAACCAGAACACUGCCGCGACGUGCCCCCCUUCGGGCGUUGACUACUACUCCUACUUCAAGGACCGUUGCCCUGACUCGUACGUCUACGCAUACGACGAGAGCUCCGGCACGGCGCUCUUCACCUGCCCGAUCGCCAACGGCGUUGGUCCCGACUACACCAUCACCUUCUGCCCUUGA